CACACUCUCUCUCUCUACCGCAGUGCUGCACCAUCUUCUUCUCUCCAAUGAAGCUCUUCUCUGUAUCAUCUCCACAAAAUGCACGCGCUUAUUCUCUCUAUAAACAAUUACGAAUGCAGUGCUUCAGUAAUACUCCAGACCCGACCCGUUUCUCUAGAAACCGGUCGGUUUCGCCCUCUCUGUACAGUAGAAUCUCACCUUUGGGUGACCCGAACCAAUCCAUGGCGCCGGUGCUUGACCAGUGGGUCGGAGAAGGAAAUUCCGUUAAAAAAUCGGAGAUUCUCAGAAUCAUUAAAGAGUUGAUGGCUUAUAGAAGAUUCAAACACGCGCUUGAGGUGUCUCUGUGGAUGACAAACGAAGGACGAAUUCCAGUUGCUCCGGUCGACGUUGCCAUGAGAUUGAAAUUGAUAUUCAAACUCUUCGGUUUGGAAGGUGUGGAAGAUUACUUGAAGAAGGUUCCGGAACAUCUGAAAGCACCCAGCGUCUACCUCGCCCUUCUGAACUGCUACACCGUCGCCAAAUCCGUCGCUAAAUCGGAAGCCGUAAUGCAGAGAGCUCGAGAUUCGGGGUACGCCACUUUACCGAUAUGGUACAACCUCAUGAUGAAUCUCCAUUCCAAAUUAGGGCACGUGGAGAAGGUGGAACAUCUACUGAACGAAAUGGAAUCUAAAAACAUCCCCUGCGACCAAUUCACGCACUCUGUCUGCCUGAGUACGUGCGCCUCAGCUUCAGAUGCAGUGGGGAUGGAUAAAAUAGUAGCGAUUAUGGAGUCCGAUAAACAUGGCACUGUGCAUUGGAGGACGUAUGUUAUUGCAGCAGAGGGUUACUUGAAAAUGGGCUUAGUCGAUAAAGCUUUGCCCAUACUGGAUAAACUGGAGGGGCUGUUGAUAACAUCCAAAGAAAGCAGCGUUAUUUUGGCGCUCCUCUUCAGAUUAUAUGCUGAAGCUGGAAAAAGAGACGAAUUGAACCGAAUUUGGGAUGUGUGCAAGCAAAAGGGCAAGAUGGGUAAUAAGGUUUACAGUAGCUUGUUGCGCUCGUUGUUGAAGUUUGGUGAUGUUGAAGGAAUGGAGAAGAUUUACGAGGAGUGGGAAUCGAGGGGGUCGCACUUUGAUUUUCGGGUUCCCAAUUUCUUGAUCGAUGCUUACUGUAGAGAUGGUAAUUUGGAGGAAGCUGAAGCCUUUAUAGCGAGGGAAGUAUUGAAAGGUGGCAAUCCGACUGUAGCAACGUGGUGCCAUUUGGCAGGAGGGUAUCUCAAAAAGAAUCGAGUAACCGAUUCUGUGGAAGCAUUGAAGAAGGCAAUAUCAGUAAUCCCUUGUAAGUUUAUUUCUCAGAAGAAUUCAUUGACCACUUGUUUGGAAUAUUUGGAGAGUGGGAAUUGUAUGGAAAAGGCAGAGGAGUUGAUAAAUUCGGUUAGGGUGAGGGGUAUUUUGGGUGCUUCUUUUGAUCAUGAAUUAUAAAAGUAUUUCAGGCAAAAAUUUAUCAUUUUAAUUAUGUCAUUACUGUACAGUGUAUACAAAUUACAAACUAGGGAGAGGAGUUCUUGAUUUGAAAUAAAGAUCAAAAUACAACAAGGCACAACAAAAGAAAA